UAUCAGGUGCAAAGUGCUGUGACAGACAGGAAGCAAAUAGUGUUUACGGGGCACUCCCUGGGUGGUUCCAUCGCCAUCCUGGCAACACUUUGGUUCUUGGAAAAGUUCUUCAAAUCCGACAGCAAAAUCCCACCUCUGUGUCUCACUUUUGGAUGCCCUCUAACGGGUAACCGCAUAUUUUCCCAUGCUCUUGGGCGAGAGAAUUGGGCUUCUUACUUCAUACAUUUUGUCAUGAGAUAUGACAUUGUCCCACGCCUCUUGCUUGCUCCUAUCCCAUCAAUCGAGCAAGAAUUUGAGUCAAUCCUCCAAUUUUUCGCUGCAAAAUCAACAAACGAAUCCGCCGGCGGCGUACCGGAGGAGGCUUCAGAUUUUCAUAUGAUUGUGAUGAGGAACGCGGCGUCGGUGGCAACCCACGCUGCCUGCAAUCUCAUGGGGAGCACGAAUAUGCUCUUGGAAACUGUAACCAGCUUCAUUGCAUUAAGCCCUUACAAGCCCUUUGGGACGUACAUCUUCUGCACUGGGAAUGGAAAACUAGUGGUUUUGAGGAACCCAGAUGCGGUUUUGCAGCUUUUGUUCUACUCCUCUCAGUUGGGCAGUGAAAGGGAGGUUGCAGAGAUACCCUGUUUAAGCCUUCAUCAACAUUUUGGGUAUGAAAGUGAAUUGCAAGAAAGUUUGGAAAUGCAAGAUGUGGUUGACUUGAAGCAACUGGAAACGCUUCCGUUGUCUGCAGAAGUCACCGGCGGCGAUAGUGCAACAAUUAACUCGGCCUUAAACGACCUUGGCUUGAGCACGAGGGCUAGAUUGUGUCUUCGUGCUGCGGGAGUGUUAGAGAAGAGAAAGCAGGGGAACAAAAGAAACAUCGAUGCCAAGGAGAAAGAUAUCCACAACGCAAUGAAUGAACUGGAGACUUCCUAUCGAGCCUACUGUAAGCUACGAAAAGUAGGCUGUUAUGAUGCCUUCAAGCUUCAGAAAAACCGUCAGGAUUUCGAUGCCAAUUUGAAGAGGCUUACACUAACAGGUAUAUGGGAUGAGAUCAUCGACAUGCUAAAAAGGUACGAGCUCCCGGACGAUUUUGAAGGCCAGAGAGCUUGGGUGGAGCUCGGAACAAGAUAUCGCCGGCUUGUUGAGCCGCUGGAUAUUGCCAACUAUUAUAGACACUUGAAGAACGAAGACACGGGGCCUUAUGCGACGAAGGGAAGGCCAAAACGAUUCAGAUACACGCAAAGAUGGCGCGAGCAUGCUGAGAAGAUGCCGGCCGAAUCCAGUGGAGAAUCCCAUUUCUGGGCAGAGGUGGAGGAGCUCCAAGCUAAAACUGGCAACGGAGAAGGGUUUGAAGAAGUGAAGGAAAGGGUUUUGAAACUGGAAAGAAAUAUACAGAAAUGGGUUAAUGGCGGAGAGGUUGAAAAGGAUGUGCUCUUGGAGGAAUCCACUCUUGUCAAGUGGUGGAAAACACUCCCUCAACACCAUAAAUUGGAGUCUUGUAUUUCUGGACUUAUCAAGAAUUGAUAAGGAAAUGGAGGUUUACCCGGUUGAAGCCUACUUGGUUUUGUAUAUGAAUUAUUAUGAUUAUAUAUAUAUAUAUAUAUGAGUCCGUCUAUGCGGCUGCCAAAUUGAGGUAGCCAAGCGUCGUCCAACGUGUGUGGCUGCCUCUAAAAAAUAAAAAAUGGAAAUGAAAAUUUUGUUGUUA